AUUACAAAACAGCGGCGAAGAAAAACAGAUCUCAUAUUUUGCACAGAUAAAAUGAACAGCCUGCAACAGAAAUUUAUCUACUAUAGCAAACGAAAAUCAUUCCGAUAUGGCGUACCAUUUUUGCUUCUAAUGGUAGGCGGGUCUUUCGGACUGCAACAGUUUGCACAGCUCAGGUACACGUUCUCCAAAAAAGGUUCCCUCACCCGGCAGGAGGCAGAAAAGUACGGCAUAAAUAUGAAACGCACGGAAGAGGUCACCCUAGAGGGAGAGUAUGAAAAGAUCAAACAACUAGACAUCGAUCAGUGGGAAAAUGUUCGUGGACCACGGCCGUGGGAGGAAACAAGUCCUCCGACGACGGAUCCGAAACCGACCGGUAGCAAUCACUAGACAAAGAGAAGGCAAUUUCUUGACGGUGAUAUGGUUUAAGUCAAGUUAUGUUUUGCUAGAAAAUAUAAAUGAUAUCUCGUUUAUUUUUCGAUUCUGUUUUUAAUCCAACAUUUGGCAUUAUAAUCUUGUGGUAGUGGUGAAUAAACUAUGAUUGCCUUAUAGUAUCCCUUGCCUCCGUCUCGAUCAUACAGGCAGCCCUACAAGGCAACGUUCACAAAAGCAUUCUCUUGCAUCAGCGUCACAAACAUCUAACAAACAUUGAACCAAAAGCGAUGAUCCCGGAUUUUCGGGGCGGCAAGCAGCAUGUUUUUUCCGCCAAAACGGUGCAAAUAACGCCAGCGUUACGUGUACACACACAUUUCUUCUUCUACCAUCAACUAGACGCGCCUA